AAUUUUCAGUUCGUUUCAGCAAUUCCUGUCGGUCCGCACGAAAUCAGCUCUCGGGGAUACGCGAAGUGCUGUUGUGAAAAUUUUGGUUAUUUAGUGCUAGUCUGAGAAAGAAUAGAUCCACCAAGUAGUUCCAUUACACCCUUUCAUUGGAUAAUUGGAUACUAUCCAGGUGCCCAGUCAAUGAGAAGAAUUAUACUGUAAAGUGAUUCAUAAAUUUUUGGUGGAAUAUUGAUCCAACAUCCUUGAAGCGAGAAUGAAAAGUGCAGUUCUAGUGAAACUGUGAAGAAGCAAUGGGAAAUCGGUUUACCCCAAACCAUCACCAGUGUUCCUAUCCUCGCUGAGUAAAGCUGAAGAGAGAGAGAGAGAGAGAGAGAGCGCCCUCACACGUCGGUGAAACGGAGAAAGAUUUCUAGUGAGACUUGCACCGUUCCGUGCUCGGAAGGAUAUUCGAUAACUUUGUGCCAUACCGAGCACCGUCUUCUACGGCUUUCGGGUACUGCUGAUUGAUUGAUUUGUUUUCUUCUGAAUUAAUCCGGUUGUGUUUUUGUGUGUCUUUAUGUGUUACCUAAUUUGCCAUAUGAGUUUAUUGUUUACCAUCUUUGAAAAUGGAAAGACCGAGAGGUUCUAGGUUUUACACGAAAAGAUCGGAACAUUACAAUAAUCUCCAGAAGCAAGAAGAAGAAAAGCUCAACAACAACAACAGCAACAACAAUAAUAACAACCUCCGGCAGCCUGUUCACCAGUCGCUGCAUCCACAUUCCCCUCAGCAACAACAGCAUCUUCAGCAGGCUCAGCACCCUUUGAAGGACAACUCCAACAUCCGUCAGAAGCAAUCCUCUGUCGUUAAGAUCGAACUUUUGCGUAACCAACAACCGGAAGCGCAGCAAGGCGGCUCUAGGCCUAUCAAAACCGGAGCUCAAUCCCCGGCAGCUGCAUCGACAGCUCCGAGUCAGCUAUCGCCUCACACCACCACCGGUGGAAGUCCUUCGACAGUUUCGCAUCUUCGUUCGAUCCGCCCGUUUCCAUCGGCAUCGGGAAGCUCGACAGCCACUACCAACACCACUGCCACUGGUCCUUCCGCCGCCGCUACCGGUGAGAGACCACUCAAGUGCCUGGAAACCCUCGCCCAGAAGGCCGGUAUCACUUUCGACGAGAAGUACGACCUUCCGGCCCCGACACUGGAGAAGUCACAGAGUCCAGCGCAGGUGGCACAGCAAACGUCGGUGCCCCUGCAGCUGUCCCAGGAGCAGCUUCAACAAUUCCAACAGUUUCAGCAAUUUCAGCAGGCCUUCACGGCCGGUGCUGCUACGAUCCAGGUUAAGCAGGAGUACAACCCACCCCAGCCCCAGCAGACGAAUGCCACGGGCGGGCUUGAGCAGCAGCAGCAGCAACAGCAACAGGUGCAACACAUGCAGGCAAUGGCUGCUGGUCAACAACUGUCCGCUGAUUGGCCCCAUGGGCGCGUUCAAGUGCUCCAACAACCCAUCCAAAACCAGUAUCUCCAGCAGCUCUAUGGUUCCCAACAGCUUCUCCUGCAUCCGGGAAUCGGUGGCCAGCAGCAGAUACAGUUGAUCGCUGCUCCCAAACCUUUCCAAGGAACAUCCCAAAUGCUGACGACCACCUCUGGGAAGCAAGUUAUCGGAACCGGAGCUGGUAACUUCAGUGGAGCUUACGCCCUUCCAACCAUCCCGUCGAGCCAAUCCCAGACAUUGCUGUUUAGUCCCGAUGUUCAGAAGCAGCUCACGGUAGCCGCCGCAGCUGCAGCAGCUGGUGCCGGAGGACCCAAGGUUCAGUUGCAAAAAAUUGGCACCAGCAUCUCAGCCGCAGGUCAACAGCAGAGUGUAACUACUCUGACGCAACAGCAGGCAGCUGCCGGUCAACAGUGCGUUCAAGUCUCGCAAGCCACCAUGCCAACUGCGCAGCUCCUUAGCCCACUACAGCAGCAAGGGGCCCAGCAGAUGCAAUUCACUGCUCCGUGGAUUCAGGGAAUGGGACAAUUUUGGACGGCUAAUGGCCUUCAACCGCAAAUCCUCGCCGGCAAUCCGAUUAUCUUCCGUGGAACUGCACCCGACGGAAGCAGCAACAUGUUCAUCCAACAAAGCCCACAGCAAGCUAUUCAGCAAGCACCUACCCAAACCCAUAAUCAAACCCUAACACUGCCGUGCACCAUUGCACAACAACCACAACAGACACAGCAACAACAGCAGCAGCAGCAGAAUGCUAACCAGCAACAACAGAAUCAACAGCAACAGCAGCAGCAACAACAGCAACAGCAACAGCAACAACAACAACAGCAACAACAGCAGCAACAACAACAGCAACAACAAGCUCAUGCCAAUCAGCAGCAACAGAAUGCCACUGCUCAACAGCAAACCACGGUGGUCAACCAAUCGCCCAAUGCAACGCAGACAACGAUUCAGCAGAAAAACGCUGGCCACCUGGCACCGAAGCAAGCCCAGCGACCGCAAAUCCUUCCGCAAGGAGCUUCACCAAUUCGUCCGUCCGCUUCUACACAGACGGUGCAGGCUCAGCAGAACCUGCUGGCCAAGGGCGGAAAGAUGCGUACCAAGCAGCAACCGGUUCGUCCUUCGGGUCCCGUCCAAAUCAAGACGGCUGAGAUGGCCACAGCUCAGACCAAGAUCGGUCAACCGCAGCAGAUGCAACAGGUCGUGGCCACCGGUGCAAAAAUGGUUCUCAUGAACACGACUGGUCAGAUUAGCUCAUCACCCGUACUCAAUAUCCAGUCAAUGAUGCCAACGGAUAAACAGCAACAAUUGCAAUUGCAGCAGCAGAUCAAGACUGCUCAACAACAGCAACAGCAACAGCAAAUUUUGCAACAACAGGCAAUUCAACAGUUCCAACAGCAACAUGCCCUCCAGCAACAGCAGCAGCAGCAACAGCAGCAACAACAACAGCAGCAGCAGCAACAACAAUCGCAGCAACAGCACCAGCAGACGCAAAUCCAACAACUGCAGCAGCAGUUCCUCCAGCAAUCCAAUCAGCAAAACCAAGCCAACCAAAUCGUAACUGGAUCGAACCAGACUCAACAUGGUCAACUGGUCCAAACCACCGGAACUCAGCAGGGAAACAUCCUGCAACAGUUUGUCUUCCAGCAGCAGGGCCAACCGAAUCAAACCGGCAUCUCAAUGAUCAACGUAACUUCCACCGACUCGAUUCUUCAACAACAACAUCAACAACAUCAACAGCACCAACAGCACCAACAUCAUCAACAUCAGCAACAACAACAACACCAACAGCAACAGCAACAACAACAGCAGCAACAACAACAACAGCACCAUCAACAACAACAACAACAACAACAAGCACAGGCCGUAGCGCAGAAGGCAACCACCCAGAUGAUCAUCACCAAUCAACUACCGCAAGCAACGGAUCGCACUAGCGCUGCCCAGUCGCAAACCUUGCAAAUCGAACGUACCAUCCUUCCGGUGGUCUCCAUCGCCGGUAUGGGCUCGGCGCCGAUUGUCGUGUCCAGCAAUGGAACCACGAUCUCUCCGAUCCAUCACCAAGGUCAAUCAGCUCAAGCAGGUCACAACGCCGGAAAUCAACUACCCACCGGAGCUCACCAGCCGUCGCAAAUCCUGGUGUCCACGAUUCCGACCUCCGUUCAGCAACAACAGAACGCCCAAAAUCCGAUUGUUGCUAUGACAUCGCUCUCGGCUGCAUCCAUGUUGGCGAGCUCCGUCACUGCUACUCCCGUUUCGUCCACUUCGGUAACAACGACCUCGGCCGGAAUCAACCAACCGCCGGUUGUUUCCGCGUCCAUUACAACUACAUCGAAGGAAAGUGCCGAUCUGAAGGCUGCUAGCGUUGCCAUGCUUCAGCUUCAGACCCUAUCCACUCCACAGAAGCAGAUCCAACAUCAACAGAUGCUGGAGAGUAUGAAUGCUGCUAAUGCCGCAGCAGCGGCAGCGGCGGUGGCUGCUGCUGCUUCAGCUGCUUCGUCUGGUGGUACCAUGACCAUGGCGUCAUCCAGUACGGUUGCCAGUGGUGCGGGAAGCGGUGCGGCUACCUUGACUGUAACCAUGCAGAAGCCUCCGAUGACAUCGUCUCAGGCCGGCGGAGGAAAUUUGUCCCAUAUGGGAACGCCUAUGUCCGCCGAGCAGAUGAAUAAAUCGCUGGGACAUACACCGACCAAGCCGGCCGUUGGAAGCACUGUCAGUGCGGAUACUACGGCCAAGGAUAAGAACGCGGCGGAUACCAGUAUGAAAGAAUCGGUCCAGAACACAGCUGCCGCUGCGGAUAGCGCAUCUGAUGCGCAAUUAAAUGGUCCAACGCCGAUGGACACCUCGUCGCCUGCACCUUUAACGACCACGACGUCGACAACGACGACAACGGCAACAACUCCGACAGCAGCGACCACAGCAUCAGCGUCUGUAUCCAUCACACCAACAACAACAUCAACAGCUUCAGCAGCAGCAUCAGCCGGGCAACCAGCUGUCGCGUCGUCGGAUGAGCCGGCAGGUGCAGUCAGUACGACUACUAUCGCGCCACAGACAACGACAACGACCAGUGCCUCGUACACGACAACGACCACCAGUUCGCUUUCGUCGUCGGCAUCGAUUACUACUACCAGCACGGCGGCCACCAGUGUAGCCACAGUAACGGCUACAUCCGCGAUGACUCCAGCCGUCGUCAGUGCUAAUGGAUUACUGUCGACAAGCACAGCAACGCCGACUAAUACCGCUACGGCAGCCGCCGGUACAACUCCGACAUCAACUCAUACCGCUGCCAGUACCCCCACCACCCACACUGGUGGCAGUGCGGCAGCAACCGGUUGCAACACCGUGGCCGGCACUGGGCUCCUACCCCAGAGCAAAACCGGAACAACCACGGAUAAGGGCGGUCUACCGAAGGCCAUGAUCAAACCGAACGUACUAACGCACGUCAUCGAGGGAUUCGUGAUACAGGAGGCGAACGAACCGUUCCCGAACCACUGGCAACGCGGGCCGGAGUGGGACUCCUGCGACGAACCUCCGAAAAAGCGCACCAUUACCGAUUCCAGCUCACCAAUCUCUCCGAGCAACGGUCAACCGCAGCACCACCAAGCACCCAGCUCACAACCGUCGCUCCCGAUUUCUGCCGGUGGAGUGGAAAUGGGAAAUUGUGAAAUUUGCGGCAAACCGGAACCCCGAAGCAAGAUGAAGCGCAAACGCUUCUGCAGCGUCGAUUGUGCCCGGGCCGCGAAGCAAAAUUCCACCGACCAGGUCACGUCACCAUCUCACAAUGGCACUGCCGAAGCACAUCCCACCAGUACCGGCAAUGGGAUGGAUCAUUCUUCCGUUACGACCACCGUAAACCCGGUGGCGCCGUCCAACAUCAAGCUGGAACGAAUGGAUUCGAUGGAUCAGUCGUCAUCGCAUCAUCAUCAUCAUCACCAUCACCACCAUCCGUCGCAGUUUGCUGCUGCUACGCCAAUGGAAACGGGUGCAGCCACGAUUCCGGUGGUCCCAACGGUGGCACCCGAGGAAAGUCCCAUCAUCAUGAAAUGGUCCGUGCAGGAGGUGUGUGAUUUCAUCAAGAACCUCCCCGGAUGCAGUGACUACGCGGAAGAUUUCGCAAUUCACGAAAUCGAUGGCCAAGCCCUGUUGCUGCUGAAGGAGAACCACCUGGUCAACACGAUGGGCAUGAAGCUGGGACCGGCGCUGAAGAUUGUCGCCAAAAUUCACUCCAUGUUUGCGACUGUCAGCGCCGAAGGUCAACAGCAGCAAUCCUAAAGAAGCUUGACUAAGUUUGAAAUUAUGUGAUUUAAAAUCCACCCUCAUUCUGCGCAAUCAGUCCUGCUUGACUGUUUAUCAAUAGACUUUUUAUUUAGUUUUAUUUUUCCUAAACUGUAAAUGUUAUUUUGUAAAUACGAGUUAUCUACAUACUAAUUCAAUGUCCGUUUUCAAUUCCCAAUACGAUUACGUAUUACUACUGAAUCUAAUGAUUAGGAACUGUAGAACAGCCACAAGCUGGCUGGUUACUAAAUUAAUUUAUUUUACAAUUAUGUAGUAAAAUCUCAUUUUUAUGUCUACGUCGUGUGGAGCACGCGACGAUUUUACCGGUAGUAACACUGUAGAUAUCUAGAUUCAUUUGCUAUCUCUCCCAGUUAAGUCUAGAAAGUAGUAAGGUGUAGAAGUGAAGUUUGGAAAGCUAUUUCCUUUACCAUAGAAAAACACAUUCAACAAGAGAAAGUCUGCAAUUUGCAAAAUUUUGCCAAAAUUUUUGAUAAUAAAAAAUAAAAUGCUAAAUUAAAGCAGCAAACCUGUAAAAAAAACUGAAUGCAUUAAAAUGAUCAUACUGUAGUU